AUGGAGAAUGAGGACCAACCAGAGCUCUGCUUUCCACAACUCAUCAACAUCUCCUGCAAGAAGCUAAAGUCUUAUGAGUCAGAAGGUGUUUUUUUGAGUGUUCUGCUGCCCAUCAUCUGCAUCUUCACUGUGGUUCUCAACCUGCUGGUCAUCAUCUCAAUCUCCCAUUUCAGGCAGCUCCACACUCCCACCAACCUUCUUCUCCUCUCUCUCGCUGUCUCUGACUUUCUGGUGGGCCUCCUGGUGAUGCCUGGAGAGAUCUACUUGGAAGCAUCCUGCUGGGCCUUUGGUGAUGUUCUGUGCUUGUUGUAUAACUAUAUAUCCUUCAUUGUGACGUCUGUUUCAGUGGGAAACAUGGUAUUGAUAUCAGCCGACCGUUAUGUGGCUAUUUGUGAUCCUCUGCAUUAUAACACCAAAGUAACUGUAAAAAGAGUUCAACUUUGCGUUUGUCUUUGUUGGUUCUUUGCUCUCCUCCUGUGUAGCAUCAUUUUGAAGGAUCAACUGGCUCAUCCGCAAACGAUUAGUUCCUGCUUUGGAGAGUGUGUCAUUAAUAUUGACCUUGGAGGAGGGAUUCUUGACCUUAUUGUGACCUUUAUCCUUCCUCUCGCCAUCAUCAUCACUCUGUACAUGAGAGUGUUUGUGGUUGCUGUGUCUCAGGCCCGAGCCAUGCGCUCUCAUGUUACAUCACUCAAACCACUUUCAGUCUCUGGAAGAGCAAAGAAAUCUGAAUUAAAGGCCGCCAGGACUCUCGGUGUCCUUGUCCUUGUCUUCCUCAUGUGUUUCUGUCCAUUUUACAUUUUUUCUCUGGCAAAUUCAACCUUUUCCUCAUCUGCAAAGUACGUUCAGUAUCUGUUCGACGUCAACUCUUGUUUCAACCCGCUGAUAUACGCUUUGUUUUAUCCCUGGUUUAGAAAAGCUGUCAUACACAUUGUCACGCUGCACAUAUUGCAGCCUGGCUCCCGUGGGGAUAACAUAAUGUAG